AUGAGGUUCGGGGAGCACCUCCGAUCUUCUAUGAUCAAAGAGUACUUCUGGUACUACAUUGCAUACGAGGAUCUGAAGAAGGCUCUCAAAACCGGCUAUGUCACCGAACCUACGCCCGAGAACGCGAGGCCCGACCGCCAGGCCUGGUCGGAGGAUGAUGAGAAGCACUUCGUAACCCUGCUGGAGAGCGAAUUGGACAAGGUCUUCAACUUCCAGCGAAUCAAGAGCGCCGAGAUUGCUCGUCGCAUCCAAGCCAGCGAGACAGAAGUCAACGAUGUGGUUUCCCGCUUGGAUAAUUCCUCCAGCUCUCGCUCAGACAGCGCCUCAAAUUCGCGUUCCAGCCGGAGACCCCCUUCCGACGAAGACUUCUUGUUGCUCGAGCAGGUCUUGAGUGACAUCAUCGCCGACGUCCACGAUCUGGCAAAGUUCACCCAACUGAACUACACAGGCUUCCAGAAAAUCAUCAAAAAACACGAUAAACAAACUGGGUGGCACCUGCGGCCAGUCUUUGCUGCACGACUGAAUGCGAAGCCGUUUUUCAAUGACAAUUACGAUGCGCUCGUCGUUAAGCUUUCGAAGCUUUAUGAUCUUGUCCGUACCAAAGGUAACCCUGUCAAGGGUGAUUCGUCCGCCGGAGGCAGUCAGCAGAACUUUGUCCGCCAGACCACCAAGUACUGGGUUCACCCUGACAACAUCACCGAGCUGAAGCUCAUCAUCCUUAAGCACCUUCCCGUGCUGGUCUUCAACCCUAGGAAAGAAUUCGAGGAAAAGGAUGCCGCCAUCUCGUCCAUCUACUACGAUAACACCGAUACCUGGGAGCUCUACCAAGGUCGCUUGAAGAAAACUGAGGGAGCGGAAGCCAUCCGACUGCGCUGGUAUGGUGGCAUGGAAAGUGACCAGAUCUUCGUGGAGCGGAAGACCCAUCGCGAGGACUGGACGGGAGAGAAGUCUGUCAAGGCGCGUUUCUCUCUCAAGGAGAAGCACGUCAAUGCCUAUCUCUCCGGUCGCAUGACCGUAGAGAGCAUCUUCGAGAAGAUGCGCCGGGAAGGUAAGAAGAGCGAAGAGGAAAUCGACAACUUGGAGCAACUCGCGCGUGAAAUCCAGUACCGAGUCAUCACGCGAAAACUGGUCCCCGUGACCCGAUCUUUCUACCACCGAACUGCCUUUCAGCUUCCCGGAGACGCCCGCGUGCGUAUAUCCCUAGACACGGAGUUGACGAUGACCAGGGAAGACAACCUUGAUGGUCGCAGCCGGGCGGGAGACAAUUGGCGGCGGAUGGAUAUUGGCGUGGAUUGGCCUUUCCCCCAGCUCCCUCCAGAGGAUGUGGAACGCUUUCCUUAUGCCGUGUUGGAAGUCAAGCUUCAGACGCAAGCGGGCCAGGAGCCACCGCAAUGGAUCAGAGAUUUGACGGCCAGUCACCUGGUCGAGGCGGUGCCCAAAUACAGUAAAUUCAUCCACGGCACGGCCACCCUCUUCCCCGAUCGCAUCAACCUUCUUCCCUUCUGGAUGCCGCAGAUGGACGUCGACAUUCGCAAGCCGGCUACACGCAAGUUUGGUAUCCAGCGGCCUCCGGCCAGCGCACCCUUGUCCACCACUGAAACACCCGAGGAUGACGAGUCAGACGAGGACGAGUCGAAUGAAGCACGCUGGGCUGAAGACACGAACCGGGCUGAAGCCACGACUGCCGAUCAAGAAGCCCUGUUUGCCGAUACCGAUGGAAAUGCUCUGGAUAUAGAGGAGCGAAUCGCCGCUCAACCGCUUCCAGGAGAUGAGGAUUACCCGUUAUACGAUUCGGAUGCAGAAUCCGUGGAUUCGGACGAAUUGGAGGAAGCGCGCCGUGUGGGUGGGACAUACUACUACAAGCAGUUGACAAAGUACUACGCCCACAACGCAGGAAAUGCCAUGGUACACUGCUUAACAGCACUCAUCCCUCGCCCCCGUCCGACCAGCAUGCCGGCCCCGGAACAGAACGGAAUUACCGUCAUGGGCAACAAGCGCACGGUGAAGCGCUUUCAAGCUCCCAAGGGCAAACGCAUCCACGUCCCCGUCCGUGUCGAGCCGAAGGUCUACUUUGCCGCAGAACGCACCUUUCUCUCGUGGCUGGAAUUUUCCAUCCUCCUUGCUACAAUUGCGGCUACACUGUUGAACUUUGGAGAUGACUACAUCACUUUCGGGUCGUCUUGGGCCUUCACCGUGCUGGCUGCGGUCGCCCUUCUAUACAGUCUCAUGCUGUACGUCUGGCGUGUGGACAAGAUCCGCAAGCGUCGUGACGUCAAGCGCGUAUACUACGAAAAAUGGGGACCGACCGUCGUCGGUCUCGGACUGGUGGUUAUCGUCAUGGUCAACUUUGGUCUCCGGGCUCGCCAAGCCGGAUUCUUGGCUAAAGAUGGAGACCUUGACGACGCUCCUCACGGAGGAGAGCUGUGA